AUGUUGAUCCCUGUACUUGAUGACAACGAAUGCCAGGUUUCUCAGGCUGCAGCAGACUUGAAGCAGUUCUGCCUGCAGAAUGCACAACAUGAUCCUCUACUGACAGGAGUAUCAUCCAGUACAAAUCCCUUCAGACCCCAGAAAGUUUGUUCAUUUUUGUAAUUACAUGAACUACUUUGGUAUCUUUCACUGGUAAGUUCUUGAAUUACGAUUCAUAAGCUCUUCUGUCAUGAAAAACUGGCUUUAAAUGAGACUGCUUGCAUUAAAGUAUUCAGAAGAGACAUCCAGCUUCUGCAGCUGGUGUAAAUCCCUGUUUUGGGCUCCUUCUCCCCAAUUCUGGUGGUAGCUCUGUACAGGACAUGCUGUUCUUGACUAUUGUAAGUGGCAUUUAGCUGUUGCAGUGCUUCCACCAGUUUCUGUUGCUGCAGCCAAGCGGUUGCGGGGCCAGCUGCUGCUCAGCUGCCAUUUGGACUGGCCUGGCUAUACAGUAAUUCUGCUCUAUCUCCCUUCCACAUAAGGGUAUUAUUUCCAUUUUCUUACACAGGAUUACUUGCCUGAGAGUACAUGGUGAAUCCUGAUAAUGGCAGAUAAAGCAGGCUUUAGUUCUUAAACUUUCAAACAGCACUUCCAAAGACGGGUUAACGGUGGUCUCAAAGAGGGGCGCUGUCCCCUGCAGGAUGCACCCUCUAAUCCAAAAGAAAAAAGUAUGUCACCCAAGAAUUGUAUCAUGCCACUCAAGUAAGCUACUACAUGGGUAGCAAUUUAAAUAACUAGAAAGAGUUGAAUACUCGUUUGCAUUUUCAUUCCUAAAUUGCUUUAGGUUCAUUAGCACUACUCCUGCCACUGUGAAGACUACUAACCUGGCAUGCCUUGAAAAUUCUGGUGAUUAGAUUUUAGACUAACCUAUUUAGAAAGAUGAGUUUUAGAUCCAUAGUAGUCUUAGGAAGAGUCUGAGUCACCAUAAUUUGAUAUCUUGCCCGAAGCAAAUGCAAAAUUUUACUGUGUCCUACUUCCCCAUCACCUCUUGACUUGGAUCUGUUGGGGUGAGAGCACAUAUGUUAUUUCAGAUCACCUGAUAAUGCAGUUACGCAUCGUUCACAAUCCUUAGAAAUCACACACUGAGUCUUAACCUUGAAGAAGUCUGUUUUUCUGACUUCUAUCAUCCGAAGAAUUGCUGUUUCCUAGAUUUAAAUUGUGUUAUUUAGGCAGCUUUAUAGAAAGUUGACUGCAGUAGGAUUGAGUUGUUAAAAUCAUUCUUUAAAAUUGUUCUCCCCUCAAGCAGACUUUAGAAAGUCUCCAAAAAGUUUGUCUAAACAAGGUGGUUCACACUAGUAACAGUGUAGAGGCUGAUGCUUAACUAUUUGACAAACAAAACGAAAACCACUUCCCCCACUGUUUUGAGCAAUAAAUUACAUCAGUGUAACUGAAAUGUGCUUAAAAGUUCUCAUAGCUUUCAAAGUUAUUUCUAUUGUGAGUUUUAUCAGCUAUUGUUAUUUAAAAGAGACUAUUCUUGGACAUCGACAUGUGUCCAUGCACUAUAGCUUCAGCUUUAGGUAGUAAUUCAAGAAAGAAAUCAGAUCCUCUGUAAGCGUUAGAUUAAUAACCUAUAAAAAGCCAAAUAAACUGUACUUUAACCAGUGACACAUACAGUUCCCCACUGAGCUUUGCCAAGGUCUGCUAAUUCCUGGGUGUGGACGUCAGGAAAUAACGUUUCCCCUGUCUCACACAUACAUGUGCGAGCACAGCGCAUAAAAAGCUUAGUAUUUUCUUUCUUAAUUACAGCCCUUAUCUUGCCUUUCUGAUUUUGGAAUAGAGCACUUGUUUCUUCUGGUGUUACAGGCAAACGUCAUUACAGCAGUGGUUUUAGUUACAGUACCUAUAUGGAAAAUUUAUUUCUUUCACUAUCUCUUGUAAGCACUUCCUCAAACUAGGCAAUUUCUUAGUUGUAAUCUUGGUGUUUACAUGCUGAGCCAGUACAGUUCCUGUUUACCCAGUCAGCACCACCUCCCUGGCAUGAAGGGGAAACGGAAUUCAUCAGUUACAGAUUCUCCCUGAGCUUCAAAGGCAAAGAAGAUGCCUGGUGGUUCCGUAGGCACCAGGUGAUUGGGAACAACUGUUUCUGGCCUUCCACUUAGCAGUUUGGUUUCCACUUAGCAGUUUGGUUUCCAGGAGACACGAAGCUUCAGUUCAUUUCUAACAGCUUUGAUUGUCUUCUUGUACCCUUGGAGAUCGCUUCAUGGUUUUAAAAGUUUAUAAAAUAAACUAAGAGUUUCAUAAGACAGCUAUGGAAAAAGAGGAUUUUUUUUUCUAAAUAGCUGUCCAUGGCAUACUCUGAAGGUACAUGUUCUUAGACACUGAGUUGCUUUAUUUAGCAUUGAUACUUUUCUAACUAUUUUUUGUUGUUGUUG